CACUUCUGCCACCCUCUCCCAUGGAGGACAGAGGCUUGGUGGCCUUCCAAGAGGACCGGAGAUGCCUGUCUGGAAGCCUCCCCAUGCCGGUGCCAAGCGCAAUGGAGUCCAUCCGACCACCCUCCUGGGCCCAUAGACACCCGAGCAGAAAGAACGGGCUGUCUAAGCUGUGCCAGAGCAGGAUGGCACUCUCGGAGGACAGGUGGAGCUCCUACUGCCUCUCGUCGCUGGCCGCUCAGAACAUCUGCACCAGCAAACUGCACUGCCCGCUGACGCCCGAGUACGCUGACCGGCCAGGCUCCUGCAGCAGUGCGUCCUGCUGCUCCCUGCUGCGAGGUUUCUCGGCCGGCUGGCCCACGGCCCUGCUACCUGCCCCCUUGUGCAACCCCAACAAGGCGGUCUUCACCGUGGAUGCCAAGACCACAGAGAUCCUGGUUGCCAACGACAAAGCUUGCAGCCUCCUGGGGUACAGCAGCCAUGACCUGAUCGGCCAGAGGCUCACACAGUUCUUCCUCAAGUCGGAUUCCCAUGUGCUUGAAGCCCUCAGCGAGGAGCACGUGGAGGCCGAUGGCCGUGUGGCUGUGGUGUCUGGCACCGUGGUGGACAUUGUCAGCCACAGUGGAGAGAAGAUAGCCGUGUCUGUGUGGAUGAAGAAGGUGCAACAGGAGCACAGGCUGUGCUGUGUGGUGGUCCUGGAGCCUGUGGAGAGGGUCUCAGCCUGGGUCUCCUUCCAGAAUGAUGGCACCAUCACGGCCUGUGACUGCCUCUUUGCGCAUCUGCACGGCUUUGCAUCUGUGGAGGAUGUGGUCGGGCAGCGCCUCACAGACCUGAUUCCAUCCGUGCAGCUCCCUCCCCCCGGCCAGCGUGUCCCCCAGAGUCUCAGGCUCCAGAGGUCUGUUGGCAGAGCCCAGGACGGCACCACCUUCCCGCUGAGUCUGAAGCUGCGGUCGAAAGUCCCCGGUGAGGGCUUGGCUGCCCCUGAGGGGGGUUAUUCGGCCUCCAUCUGGGUCUUCUGCACCAUCAGCGGCCUCAUCACCCUGCAGCCUGAUGGUACCAUCUAUGGCGUCAACCACAGCUUUGCUCUCAUGCUGUUUGGUUAUGGAAAGGCCGAGCUGCUAGGCAAGAACAUCACUUUCCUGAUUCCUGGUUUCUACCAGUACAUGGACCUUGCCUGUGACAGCUCUGUGCGGCUGCCAGACCUGGCCAAGUGCCUAGAGCUCAGCAGCGAUGGUGGACCCCGGGAGACACACUCAGAUCCCUGGCCAGCCUGGGACCCGGCCAGCAAAGCGCAGGGCCCGAGAGUUGAUGUGCCACCUGCUGACUGUGUUCUGCCCCAAGAUGAGCCUCUGAGGCUGAGGGACGGCCAGGCCAGCUCUCCUGAGGCCAAGGACCCUCUGGAUUCCGGAGGCCAGUGCCUGCCAGCCCUUCUCCCUCGGUCGCCUACCAGAGUGGACAACAUGCCAGGAGACAGCCUUGUGGCCCCCACUGAACAGUAUGUGUCUGCAGAUAAGCAUCCCUCAGGGAGAGGCCCAGCACCUUCUGGUGGUCAGCCAUCACCCAAGUACCAGCAGAAUCUCGAAGGAAGUCCACCGUCCUCUGGAGAUGGGUCAUUGCCUGAGGACUUGCAGAGUGCCCCAGGGGGAGGCCCACCACCCCCUUGUGAUGGGUCUUCACCCAAGGAGCUUCAGAGUGUCCCAGGGGGAAGCCCACCACCCCCCUGUGAUGGGUCAUCACCCGAGGACCUGCAGAGUGUGCCAGGGGAAAGCCCAUCAUCCUGUGGUGAUGGGUUGUCAUCUGAGGACCUGCAGAGCAUCCCAGGGGAAAGCCCACCACCUCCCUCUGGUGAGUCGUCACCUAAAGACCAACAGAAUCUCCAAGAAGGAAGCCCACCAUCCCCCUGUGAUGGGUCAUCGCCCAAGGACCUGCAGGGAGUCCCAGGGGGAAGCCCCCCACCUCCCUGUGAUGAGUCAUCACCCAAGGACCUGCAGACCCCAGCCGUGGGGAGAGAAGCUGAGGCAGGAGUGGAGGGACCCAAGCAGACCCUUCUGGGAGAAAGUGGGCCUGAUCCAGCAGAUAUAAACCCACUCACUUCCUGUGACAGUUCCGAAACCAUGCUUGCAGCUGAGCAGUGGAGCGGUGAUGUCCAGGCAUGUGGCCCACGUCCAGAAGGCUCUCUGGUGAAUAUCACCAGGCCUGAGCACCAUGCUGCAGGGCAACCAGCAGGGGGCACUAUCCCCACUCACCACUGCGGCUUCUUGAGUGAGUGGGCCCUACGGCAGCCCAGCCCCUCAGGGAUGGCGAGUGUCUCUCCCGGGACUCCCGUUCAGGAUGAGCUGUGGCUGGGGUUGCAGAACGACCGGGAGGAGCUGCAGACCAGCUUGAUCAAGGAGCGGCUCUCUCUAGCACCUUCAGAGCAUCCCACCUUCCCCCUGCCCUUGUCACAUUGCCGUCUGGGAGGCUGGGAUGCGCACAGCCGUGCAGACAGCUCCUCGGCCCGCUACACCUUGGCUACAGACCUGCCGGGUGUCCUUGAGACCAGCGUGCACUCCUCCUCCUGGGAUCUCCGAGAGGGUUUUUUCGGUGCGCAGAUGGACCGAAUGUCCUCGGCUUGUUCCUGUGCAGCCUCUGAGCCUCUGGCGUCUCCCUGCCCCUCCGCGGUGGGCUCCGACCUGGGUGUUGGGGGCCUCCCCAGGUGCAGGGCGGACGUUCUGGAAGACAGAGAGCUGCUGCUCCUGUCCGGCACCUGCUUCAGACUUGGUGAGGGCCGGCAGUUCCGGGACAGGUGCCGGACAGAGCCCUCGGGGGUGUCUGCGGUGUCCCCUGAGCCCUGCAAAGUGAAUGACAGUGAGAGCGCCAGCAGCCUCCUUCCUGCAUCAAUCGCCAGACCUGAGGAUGCGCACCGGGCAGCAGAGACACCGAGCCUGAGCGCCCAGGUUACCUCCACGCCCGUGACGCCCGGGGCUGCCUGCCUGGGCCGGCAAAUCCAGGAGGGCACCUACUCGGGGAGCUGCUACCACCGAGACGGCAUGCAGCUUAGUGUCCAGUUCCAGGUGAAGCGGGUGGAGCUGCAGGGUUCGGCCACCCUGUUCUGCUGCUGGCUGGUGAAGGACCUCCUGCACAGCCGCCAGGACUCUGCCACCAGGACCCGCCUGCUCCUGGCCAGCUCGCACAGCUCUACCCACUCUGUGCCCGAGCUCCUGGGCUCCAGCCGCGGGGAGGUGCUCAGGUCCAAGCCGUGGUUUGAAGAUUCGCCCAGGUCUGUGUCACUGGAGGGGCUGGCGGCCUGCGAGGGCGAGUAUGCCCACAAAUACAGCACCCUGAGUCCCCUGGGCAGCGGCGCCUUUGGCUUUGUGUGGACGGCAGUGAGCAGGGAGCACAACAAGGAGGUGGUGGUGAAGUUUAUUAAGAAGGAGAAGGUGUUGGAGGAUUGCUGGGUGGAGGACCCCAAACUCGGCAGAGUGACUCUGGAGAUUGCCAUCUUGUCACGUGUGGAGCAUGCCAACAUCAUCAAGGUAUUGGACGUGUUUGAAAACCAGGGCUUUUUCCAGCUUGUGAUGGAGAAGCAUGGCUCUGGCCUGGACCUCUUUGCCUUCAUCGACCACCACCCCAGCCUGGAUGAGCCCCUGGCCAGCUACAUCUUCCGCCAACUGGUGUCGGCUGUGGGCUACCUGCGCUCCCAGAGCGUCAUUCACCGUGACAUCAAGGACGAGAACAUCGUGAUAGCUGAAGACUUCACCAUUAAGCUGAUUGACUUUGGUUCGGCUGCCUACCUGGAGACGGGCAAGCUCUUCUACACGUUCUGCGGCACAAUUGAAUACUGUGCGCCUGAGGUGCUCAUGGGCAACCCCUACCGUGGGCCUGAACUGGAGAUGUGGUCUCUGGGGGUCACACUGUACACGCUGAUCUUUGAGGAGAACCCCUUCUGUGAAGUGGAGGAGACCAUGGAAGCAGCUAUCAACCCUCCCUACCUGGUGUCCCAGGAGCUCAUGAACCUUGUGUCGGGGCUGCUGCAGCCUGUCCCCCAGCGGCGCACCACCUUGGAGAAGCUGGUGACAGACCCAUGGGUGACACAGCCAGUGAACCUCACAGACUACACCUGGGAAGAAGUAUGUCACCUGAACAAGCCAGGAAAUGGAGUCCUGUCGCCUGGAAGUCCAGAGAGCAGGAGCCAGAGUGAGGUGGGGCCAGUGCCCACUGCCCCCGCUGCCAUGGGGGAGGCUCCCAGUGGCCAGCCCUUGGCCACCACCCCACCUCGCUGAGCACCCCAAGAGCGGCCUGCUGCUCCUCUCAGACAAGCUUCUGGUUCCCGGGCCCCUUGCAUCGGGAGCAAGUUAUUUCUCCAGAGUUGGAGAUCUUUAAAAUAACAACCUUCCACAGCCUGUGUGCCAGUGUGGUGGGUGCUGCAGUGUUUAAGGUGCAUAAAACCCACUCGGAUUGUUUCCCAUAAUCUGUAA